UGUUGAUUCAAACCUCAACAAAAAACUUUAUUUAAAAGUCUCGACGUCAUCUGUGUGCGACGGAUUGAACCCACGUGGCUUGCGUACUGUCUGAAGGAGCUGCAGUGGUUUUUAGCUUAUUUAAGAAAAACGAAUUAUUUUCUUCAUCAUGCGUCCGUUAACAGACGAAGAGACAAAAACAAUGUUUGAGAAACUCUCUAAAUACAUUGGGGAGAACAUCAAACUUCUUAUUGAUCGGCCUGAUGGGACUUACUGUUUCAGACUUCAUAAUGAUCGUGUAUAUUAUAUGAGUGAAAAAAUCCUGAAGUUGGCUACAAAUAUCUCCCGAGAUAAACUGGUAUCAGUUGGCACGUGUUUUGGAAAGUUCACUAAGACGCAGAAGUUCCGUCUGCACAUCACAGCUCUCGAUUUCCUCGCACCAUAUGCUAAGUUUAAGGUGUGGGUGAAGCCUGGAUCAGAGCAGUCAUUCCUGUAUGGAAACCACGUCAUGAAAUCCGGCCUGGGGAGAAUCACAGAAAACACAUCGCAGUACCAAGGAGUGGUGGUGUAUUCAAUGUCUGAUGUACCGCUGGGCUUUGGAGUCGCAGCGAAGACCACACAGGAGUGUCGGAAGGUCGACCCCAUGUCCAUUGUGGUUUUCCAUCAGGCUGAUAUUGGGGAGUACAUCAGAAGUGAAGACACGCUGACAUAAGAGCAUAUAAUAACAGCAGUACUCAUGGACAGUUCAUUACAUUCUUGCUAUUGGAUAUUCUUCAAUCAAAUCAACAAUGUUGGACAGUCUUUUGGACAGCUUUCAAUGUGUAAACAAAUCCUUUUGUAUGUGAUUUUCAUUGACCAUUUCUGUUUGAAAUAAUGUAGUGGCUUGUGCAUUUAUGAAUUAUUUCCUGAUUUAAUAAAACAGGAUACAAAACCAAA